AUGGCGAAAGGAUCGAAGUCAGCAGUACCAGCGCCGGUGAAGUCGGGACGAGGAUCGGCCGAAGGUUCGUCAACGAUCGCGAGUGACUUAACGUCUCGGUUGUCGAUGAUCUCCGAAAGGUCGGUCAGUUUCGAAGAGUCGGUCGGCGAAGAUUCGGACGCCAAGUAUGACAUGAUGAUGGACUAUGAUGACCUGAAGGAGAAGACUCCAGCGACGACGCAGGAGUUCGGAGAUGAAGAAGAUACGAUGCAGUCCGCGGGACUGGCGAAACCCGACCAUGCGGAUGACGACUUUGAGGAUGGCGCCGAGACCUCGGCUUCGAGGGCUCUGGUGCAGGUUACUAGGGGUCCUCAAGAAUCCCGCGGAAGUCGGCCCGCUAUGAACAGCAGCACUCCAGCUGCGAACAAGGUGCUCGGCAGAAUGCUCGAGCAGAUGGUGGAGUUGAGCGAGUGGAUAUGGCAGUUCAAUCCCGAGAUGACGCGUCAAGCGACUUGGUCUGAGCUGAAGGAGGAGUUGCAACACCCCGUUGAGUCGACCUCGGUUACUCAGGUGGCCGAGGACACGGUGUCCCUCCUACGAGCGAUGGGCUGCGAGCCAAGGACUCGUCCGUCCGAAGUCUCGAUCAAGAGUUGGACGCCGGGUCUCGCCGGCAAGGAUCUGCAUAAGUGGAAGAGGAAGCUUCGCCUGAGCUUCGGACCUGACUCUGGGACGCCCCCCGAGUGCUCGCCCCCCGAGUGCUCGCCCCGCGAGGGAGCAAAAGUCCGCCGAGCGGUCAAACAAAAGCCAGCGAUGGACGGAGUGUUCUCUGCCAAGACCCAAGGUUCGCCGUACUUCCAAUACUCGCACAUGGUGACUCCUAGGUCGGCGAGUCGAGCCGACGGUAUUGCGCAUGAGUACGAAGGUUCGCUACGCGAGCGGAGCACGCAACGAAGCUCCACGCGACGCACAGGGCGCCGGUUUACACCGCACGAUGACUCCUCGCCCGACGAGGACAACAAUGACAACAUCGACUAUGAAGAUGGGUUUGACAGCCCGAGCGAUGAGUUGGCCCGUCAAGUGCGCGAAGGAACGCACACUCCGCCAAACGAGUGGUGCAUGGCUUUCGAGCUGAGCUUUCGGGACGGUGCCAUUCACUGGUACCGCCAACUCCCGAAGAGGACUAAGCGUCAGUGGAUGCGACUGAGCGAUGCGUUUAUCAAGUAUUACUGCUCGCAGUUUAGCCAAUCUGCGAAGGCUCGCUACUACUCUGCGAAGCGCGAGUCCUCGGAACACCUUUGUGACUACCUCAACCGACUGAAUGGUUACGCUGGUAAUGCUGGCCUUCAGUUCGAGAGUGGUGGUCGCGAUGCGAAGGGCCAUGUACAGUGGUUCCUCGAGAUGUGCAGUGACCGAAGCCUCGAACGCCGGCUUUGUCACGUCCGGGUGGAGGACAUUCACGAACGCGAGGACAUGAUCAACGACAUCUUGAAGUCUGAAGAGCGUGGGCAGUCGCGCGAGACCUCGUCUCACCACUCGCGUAGUCGAGACCAACCGCGUCGUCGUGAUGACCGUCGCCACGAAGCUUCGCGUGACAGUCACCGUCGCGACCGCGACCGUGGUUACGAACGUCGCCGCGAUGACUCGUGCCAUGUUCCGCGCAUUCCGCUAGCUGAAGCUUCGCUGUCAGACUUGGUCGCUGAACGGCAAGUCCGCGGUACCAAGGGUGGUAGAGCCGAGCGCUCGUCGCCACGUCGUACCCCGUACAGCGACAGCGAGAGUGACGCCAGUGAUUAUCAUUACUCCGAGAGUGAUCCGAGUGAUGCAGCUCUGGUGAGGAAGGAGCUCACGUUGCUGCUGCCAAUGAGCGCGAACGACGCCAAGCAGCUGAAGGAACGUACGCGCGACCUGACCAACGUCAACGCAGGGGUGGUGAACCCGGCCGAGGAUUCGACCGGAGUAACCGCCACUCCGGCCGAGACAACCGUGAUGGUCGUCCGCGUCAGUACGGACCGUGCGCAGCGUGUGGCGGAGCCGGGCAUUCGGCUCACUACUGCUACCGCCACUGCCGACUAUGCCAGCAGGUGCAUGACAUCGGCAAGUGCGAAGCACUUCAAGCCCUCACUUCGUUCAUCAAAACGAAGACCGAGAAGAAGGACCUCUCGCCAGAGCUCCAAAGCCUAG